UUUCGAGUGAUUGCUUUCAAAUUUUUCAAUUUUUCAUAUAAUUUGUAAAUUUUAUUUUAUUCGAGAAUCUACAUUGAACACAGAACCUAACAAAACUGAUAUCUUGAGAAAGAUAAGCUGUUGCCUGCUGUUAAUUUCAAAAUGGAUUUUUGGACAAUGAUCUGCUAUUAUAUGAUACCGCUACUUCUCACCUGUCCAAAUUCUACUGGGGAAACUUCAAUUAAAAGUGAAGACGACGAGCUUUACAAAUUGAUAUCUACCAAUGACAGCCCGGGCUUACAAUAUGAAGUUGUAGGUAAAGCUAAAUUAUAUAAAAGUAGUUGGACUAUUAAUACGUAUUUUGAUUUAAAGUAUUUAUAUAAUAGCUUAGAUAUUAAUAAGUCUAUGUUAAAAUCAAUUAAAUUGUACGAUAAUAUCAGUAAUAUAUCAAAAAUAUCUACACUUCGGCUUAAAAAGCAUGUAAUUGAGUUAGAAAAAGAAAUUGGCGUAAUUAAACAAUUAGCUGAACAUAAUAAAAGAGUUAAAAGAUCUUUCGAAUACGGAGGUUCGGCACUCAAAUGGAUGUUUGGUAUUGCCGAUGCCGACGAUGUUCGAAGAUACGAUAGCUCAAUAAAUAAAAUGGAGAAAGAUGAAGGUCAAGUGUUAAGAAUUGUUCACGAUCAAAUAUCGAUUUUGAGAAGUACAAUUAGUAAUUUUAAUGAUACAGUUACGUCAUUUAAUGAAAAUAAAAUUAUAUUUGAUAAUAAUAUGAAAAGGGUGGAAGACAAUUUAAAUAACUUUGAAAAUGAACUAUCUGCCGAAAAAAAAGAAAUUUUUGAUAUAGAGUUAAUACAUUGAAUUGAAAGUAAUAUAUUCGAGUUGAAUAUGUUUAUAACUAGGUUACAGAGGAUGAUAUCCAACGCUCAAAUUAAUAAGGUCGAUGCUUUUGUAAUGACGCCAUAUCAAUUGUUAUCGGAAAUAAACAGUAUUGAACAUAUUAUUCCCGAUGAUUUGAAAUUGCCGGUAAAAUUUGAUAUAGAAAAUAUUCAUAACAUUUUUAAAAUAAUGAGCGUCCAACUACAUUAUAUUAAUGAUAAAUUAAUAUUUUCAUUAAAAAUUCCUUUGUGUAUUGAAACCAAUUUUAACUUGUAUCAUAUUUUACCAAUUUACGUUCCGAUUAAUGAAUACGGUCAAUUUCUUCACAUGACUGAAAGUCCUAUGUAUUUAUUAGCGGACGAAAUGGUUUCAAAAUAUUUUUUAUGGCCUAAUCUUAAUAACUGUAUAGAAGUAGCUAAUAUAUUCGUUUGCACUUUUAAUGAAAUGAUACACAACGGUGAGUCAGAUCCGACUUGUGUAACAGAAUUAUUAAAGAACUCUGUAUCUAAACCGCCACAAUGUGAAACAUAUAUUACCGAGUUCAAAAAAGAGAUGUGGUAUGCGUCAUAUUUUAAGAAUAAUUGGUAUUUCGUGAGUGAAAAGCCAACGACCAUAACAAUAGUUUGUAAUAAGCAAACUAUAAACUUUAAAAUUAAAAUUAAAAAUUCAGGAAAGUUAUACUUAAAAUCUGGAUGUUCAGCUUUUACUACGAAAGGUGUCCUUAGAACAGAACAAUCGUUAGAAUCAUCACUUCCUGUCUUUAUACCAAUAGAACUAUCUCUUUUAAAUGAUUCUUGUUGUAAUAUGCCUAUCAACCAAUCAUACCCGAAACCAAUUCACUUAAAUGAAAUAAAAAAUCUCAAAUUUAAUAAAGACGCUUUUAAUCGAAUAAACUUACAACUAGACCAACAGGACAAAUUGAUAACCUCCCUUACUAUAGAAAAGACAUAUGAAUUCGUUUAUGCAAACAAAUACUUAGUUUUGUUAAUACUUGCCAUAUUAAUAUACUGUAUUUUUAAGUAUUUUAAAAAUAAUAAAAAAAAGUUAUCCUUAGAAAAUAAUAUAGAACUCGGAUAUCGUCCCUGUGCUCCACAAAAAUAAUUAAAUAGUUUUAUAAAUAAUUGUAUAUUAUAGUUGUAAUUUUAAACU